GUGGCGCAUGGACUGGGGCCUGCACCUCUGCCAUGGGGCCUCUGUCCACUGCACAGUCUCUGUUCAUGGCUGCUGUGCCAAUAAAGGCCUUACGGCAGAAGCACAGGCCCCAGUCCAGUUGCCACCGAGGCGGCUGAGCAUCAGAGGUAAGACGAAGGUUGGGAGGCAGCAGCAGUGCAUGUUGGUGGUGCAUGGUUGGGGGGGAGGUCAGGUGGUGGUGGCAGCAGUGGGGGGGCAGAGGCCAGGCACUCACAAGAAAAAAAUUGUGGGUGCUUGGGCCCCCAGGGCUACCUGGCAUUGGCACCAGUGGAAAAAGUACAAGUAAUUGCUUUGCAUUCAUGAUAUGCAAACACACACUUGCGGCCCAGCUUGCCUCAAAAGACCAUAUAGGUUUUGCAAGCAUUCCUGUCUAAUACUGUAUAAUACUAACUUGAAAACAAUUCCCACUUCCUAUUGCAAAGGAAGGGAGGAGUAGCUACACCAUGGCUCCCUGAACUAGUUUUGCAAGGAGUCCUCUGCAAAGAAGACCCCUUACUUUUGUAAAAAGAAAUGUAUUAAUUAAGCAGGCUUUGCAAUUUGGUUCCUCUGCCCUAUGCAAUCACUGCUCCCUGCCAUGGGCCAGGAGUCAGCUUCACCUGCUGAGCAGCAGCCUGAAGGAAUAGAAUGCAAAGUGACUCCACCUGCUGCUGAUCAGCCUUCUUGCUCCUGAGGAGAACCAGCUGGCUCCAGCUUUCUUAAGCAGGGUUUCCAGCCUCAGUCAGUUGCUGAAAACUACAUUCGUUGUUCCUGGCCAGACCCUGCUGCUUCUUGAGACUUUGGACCCUUGGCUUUCUUGACCUCUGGAUCAUCUGACUACAUUAACUGAGAUAUUCCUGACUUUAGGACUGAAUUGGACCUUGUGUAUGAACUCUGCCUCCAGGCAAGUACCCCACUGAGGCUUGGCUGGAUGGCUGUCUUCUCCCUCCACUGAACUCUGCCAUGGCUGGCAGCCCAGGACUAUGACACCCCCUCCCUUUUGCAAACCACCAGUGGUGAGGGAGGUUGUCCAGGGUCCUGAAAACACUGCAUUUGUCUGUGCUUGCUUGUGGAAUUGCAUCUUGUGCCUUCUGCAUCUCUUCUCUGGAACCUGUAAUGUAGAUGGGACUCUGCCUGCUCUGCCAGUUCCUAUUCAAUCCACUUGCCUAGGAGUGCCUACUGCAUUAUUUACCUCCUGUGGGAGCUACUUCCUUAGGAUGCAAUAGCUGAACAGAUAGGGUAGGAACUAUCUGCCCCACUCUGAUUUGGUUUCAUAGUAGAGCAGUUCAUCAUGCUUCCUGUCCACACACUGCAAUACUUCCUGCUCUUACUGUAAAGAAAGGGUGGGGAACUAGAUGUCAAUGUGGGCAAAUAUGCAAUCUGCAAAGUGACUUUCAAAGUGUUCCACAAGACCCAACAAUCAGCUGAUUAGCUAAUCUGAGCCACAUCUGUACUUGGCUUCACCUAAGCUGAGUCAGGUCUUUACCUGCCCCACAUUUGAUAUAUAUAUUUAUUAAAUUUGUAUACUGCCCUUCAUCUGAGGACCUCAGUGUGGUUCACAGCAUAAAAAUACAAGAUAAAAACAUAAAAUAAUAAAAACAAAAACAAACCAAUUAUUCCCCACUCCCACAAACACAUUUAAAAUGAUAAAGGAUGUUAAUCAGCCACAUAUGACAUCAGCUACAGAGCAGGAGGGUGCAGCUUGGCUGAAAUGUCCUUGAGCCAAAUUGGGAGGUUAAUUGGGCAUGUGAGAUGAAAUUCCCACCCCUGCUCUAGAAUCAUAUGGAUACAGAAGGGGGGCCCUCUGGCAGCUGGGGAAACAGGUCCUGCUACUUAUUGCUAUUUUUAUCUUCCUACUUUUCAGCAUACAAACAGUGGAGAAAUGGGAGGCGGCAUCAUGUCUGAGCUUUAUAGCAAGUAAUUGUAGCUAUGCUGUUAUAAGGUACACUCCACACUGUAUAUAGUUGUAGCAUUGCAGUGCCUGCUAAGUGGCUGAUCCAGCCUCAGACGGAAGCCUUUUACUUUCCCUUUGCUUAACAUCUCCCUUCCUCAAGGCACAUUUGCCAGCUGUGGUGCCCCCCCUUCCAACUUGUCUUGUUGCAUUACAAAUCAUCAGCCACCAUCAAGAGGUCAAGAGGCAUCAUUUUUUCAUCCUUCCCCCACCUCAACAAGAAGCAUGAGACAUCUGAGAUUUGGCUCUGUUUCCAAACGGUCACAGC